AUGGAAGCGGCCGUAAGCAGUUGGUUAUGUUUCAUCGCCGUCAUUGGUUUGGCAGGCUAUUACUACCGGACUACUACAAAGCAAGCUCCGAAGCCUGCUCCUCCGAGUGAGGUUAAGAAACAAGCAAAGAGUGAGGUCAGAAAGACAGCGCGGAAGGUUGAGGCCGCUGUCAAGAAGCCGGCUCCCAGCAAGCCUGCAGGCGAGACGCAAAAACCAGACUCCCCAGGCAAGGGAAACGUGAAGAACAAGCGGAAGGCGAACACUCAGCCCGUUCAGCAGGCUCCGGUAGCGCCAGUCAAGGAGCAGGAUGAUGAAGAUGCGAUCGACAUGAGCACUCUUCAGUUCGCGGCGAACAUGAAGAAGGCCAGAGAGGGCGUCGACAUGAAGAAGACAGACAGCAAGGAAAGCCGUGUCAAGACUGUCAAGACGAAGACGAUGGAUUCUCCUAUCUUGUCCUCUGGCUCGUCUCACAAUGGCGAUGCGGGGAAUGAAUGGUCACAUGUUGCCUCGCCCGCGUUGAAGUCAAGCGGCGUUGACGACAUGCUUGAAUCCAGUGCUCCGGGACCAAGCGCGCUACGCAUCACAGCACCCACGAAGCCAACCAAGGAAAAGGCCACCCAGCAGCCGAAGCAAGUGGUUACUGAGUCGAAGAAGCAACGCCAGAACCGCAAGAAGAAGGAGGACGAAAGAUUGGCUCGCGAGGAGGCUGAAAAGGUACGAAAAGCACAACAGGAACAGCAGCGCCGCACAGCCCGCGAAGGACGCGGUGAAGCGGCUAGAAAUGGUAUCCCAAUUCCCGCAGCUCCUGUGCACAAUCCUUGGUCGGAGCAGGAUGCUGCCCGUGAGCUACAGCAGCCAGUCAAGGCAGGUGGUAGCGCCCAGCUUCUUGAUACAUUUGACGUGGAAUCGACCGGUAGCUCCAACGCCGACAUAAUGAGCACCGCCGCCACAUCCACCGAUGGAAAAGACGAUUACGCGCAAGCCAUCGCGGAAAGCGGACGCGAAACUGGCUGGAAUGAGGUAAAGAGCAACAAGAAGACGAAGAAGUCCAMCUCGAAUGAGGGGACAGGCCAAACUACCACAGUCRCAGCACCAGUGGUCAAGACCGCCAUUGCCCCUAAGACGACAUCCAAUGGCAAGCCGAUUGGCUUCCAGGCACUCAAGGACGAGUACGAGCUCCGCGCAGAGGACGUUGAUCCAAGCAACGUCGACAACUGGGCUGCAUGA